AUGUCCUCAUCAAACCAAGGCAAAGAAUACACUGGAUUAGAGACUGAUCACGGUGAUACGAAAAAGCAACAAGCUGAUGAAAGUGCUCAACAAGGUAUGUCCAAAGGUGCUGUCUCUGUUGAUCAUACUAAAUCAGGCGGUUCAUCUGGCGAUAUUGGUCUUGGUAAUCCAAAUGCGCAAACACACAAACCGCCUCAUUAG